AUGGAGGAAGAUUACAUUAUUAUAGGUCUCAAUGUAAAUGACAGAAAUGAAUUACAUAGUAGUAUUAAAAAUUAUGAACCGUUUAAUAGUGUACAUAAAUGUAUUACAUAUAUAACUUCUAUUCAAAACAAACAUAUCUAUUUCAUCACAUUUUCAUCAUUGAAUGAAUUUCUUAUUCCUCUCAUCUAUACAGAAAAACAAAUUUUAUAUAUUUAUGUAUAUUGUACAAACGAGACUGAGUCAGAAAAAUUAUGCUUAAAAAAUGAUUCAAAAAUUCGUAUAUUUACAGACAGGAAUGAUUUAUUUGCUAAAUUGAAUUACGAUAUUACGGUAUAUUCCAAGCGAUUAUCACAAUGGCAUUCAAUAAAACAUCAUUUAACACAUAAUUACCAACAGAGUUUAAGUUCAAUUGAUUGUACCAUAUCAGCGGAGUCGCACACAACCAUUGAAGAAAAUAUAAAAGUCAUUUUAUUCAAUGAGGAUAGAAUCAGUGAGCUAGCCGAUGCACUAACGUUUCAACUAGAGUACAAGAAUAUUGAUUUAACAACGUUUGACAACAUUGAUCAAUUAAUUGCAUUUGUAAGUAACCAAAAAGACCGCCUAUUUCUCGUUACAUCUAGUUUCAAUUUAAUUCCUGUUGUACAUUCACUAUUCCAAAUCCAAUUUAUUUACUCAUUUACUUCCGAUUACGAUAAUAGUGAACAAAAGCAAUUGUCCAUAAAGUACGAAAAAGUUCGAGGAUCAUUUAAUGAAAUAAAAGCUCUAAUACAAAAAUUAAAUGUAGAUAUUACACAGCAAUUAAAUAAUUUAUUUGAGAUACCAUCAAUAUUUGUCUAUAAAAAGCUUGAUUUAGAAGAGAUAUCACUUAAAAAUCUGAACGAACGACAAAUAUCGUUUGUGUGGUCUCAGUUAUUAAUUAAAAUCCUACUCCAACUGCCUGAAACAGAAGGACAUGCAGAUGAUUAUAUGAGAACAGUAUCUCAUGUGCAAUACAAAUAUAUUGAACUAAUACCGAAAAGAAUUGAUAUACUCGAUACAAAUUACUCUUCUCAAGAAGCAAUAUGGUGGUAUAUAUUCGAUUCGUUUCGAUUUCGUCUUAUAAACAAAGCAUUUCGAACAGAAAAUAUGGAUCGUAUAUUGAAGUUCCGAUAUUUUCUAACUGAUGUUCAUAAUCACUUACGACAAUUACAGUGCACAUCAUCGUCUUCAAACAAAACGAAUUUUAUUGUUUAUAGAGGCCAGUUAAUGUCACCCGAUGAAUUACAUAUGAUAAAAGACAGUAUAGAUGGAUUCAUAACAAUGAAUACGUUUCUUUUAACAACUAAAUCAUAUGAUACUGCUCGUAUUUUUGCAGAGAACAGUUCAGAUUGCCUGGAUUAUGAAUCUGUUUUGUUUGAAAUCACUAUCGACACAAAUGUUUUUGUUACUCCUUAUGCUACUAUUAAUACUAUAAAGGAUUGUCAAGAUAAAGAUGUAAUCAUGUUUUCCCUUGGUACAGUAUUCCGAAUACGGUCUGUCGAAUUAUUCAUGAGUAAAAUUUGGUAUAUACGACUAAUAUACACCAAAGAAGAAAAUGAUGAGUUACAAUCGUUAAACGAACGUUUUCAGAAUGAAAUUGGAGCGCCACUUACGAUUCUAACCUUUGGAAAUUACCUGAGUGCAUUGGGUAAACACAGUGAAGCUGAAAUAUAUUAUACAGAACUUCUUCGGAAUGAUCCUUCUAACAGUACAAUAUUAACUAAUUUAGGAAACAUGAAAGAAAAUCACCUGGAAGCAGAAAAAUAUUACCAGUUAGCAAGAGAAAACGUAGGAUCAGAUGGAAAUAGCGGUGUAUUGACUUGUGCUACUACAUCACAAAGCGUAUGUUCUAAAGGUCAAAUACAGUUUUGUCCACUAGAUGAUGAUGAUCCGUCGGCUGUAUAUAAUAAUAUAGCAAGUAUCUAUUAUAGUGAGGGCAAGUAUGAUUCUGCAUUAGAUUACUAUAAAAAAGCCCUUGAAAUUACUUUAAAAUCCUUUCCUAACAAUCAUAAUUAUGUGCUGAUGUAUGAAGAUAUGAUAGCAACAAUAAUGAUUCAACAAAGAGAUACGACUAAAUCGCAGUGCGCGACCAUGUGGACAUUAGGUGAAAAAAUGAAAGUGAGUUUUUCAAAAAUUUGA